AUGGUGGACCGGAGAGACGCAGAACCGAGUCGUGACCGGACGGAGCAUGCGCACUUCAUGUUUGUUUCUGAGACGAACACAGAACUCCAGAGGAACCCCAGAGGAACCCCAGAGGAACCCCAGAGGAACUCCAGAGGAACACCAGAGGAACCCCAGAGGAACACCAGAGGAACUCCAGAGGAACUCCAGAGGAACUCCAGAGGAACCCCAGAGGAACCCCAGAGGAACUCCAGAGGAACACCAGAGGAACCCCAGAGGAACUCCAGAGGAACCCCAGAGGAACUCCAGAGGAACUCCAGAGGAACACCAGAGGAACCCCAGAGGAACACCAGAGGAACUCCAGAGGAACUCCAGAGGAACUCCAGAGGAACCCCAGAGGAACCCCAGAGGAACUCCAGAGGAACACCAGAGGAACCCCAGAGGAACUCCAGAGGAACACCAGAGGAACUCCAGAGGAACUCCAGAGGAACACCAGAGGAACCCCAGAGGAACACCAGAGGAACCCCAGAGGAACUCCAGAGGAACACCAGAGGAACUCCAGAGGAACUCCAGAGGAACACCAGAGGAACCCCAGAGGAACACCAGAGGAACCCCAGAGGAACACCAGAGGAACCCCAGAGGAACAGGUUUUAA